CGCUGCCCGGCCCGGCCCGGCCCCGCCCGGCCCCGCCCCGCCCCGGCCGCCCCGUCCCGUCCCGUCCCAGCCCUGCCCGCUCCCGCAUGAGGGAGGCAGCGAGGGAGCCAGGCCGCGCCGCGCCGCCGGCAUGUCCGCGCCCUGCUGCGCCGGCCAGUUGGCCUGCUGCUGCGGUACUGCUGCUUGUUCCUUGUGCUGCAAAUGCUGCCCCAAGAUAAAACAGUCAACCAGCACCCGUUUCAUGUAUGCGCUUUACUUUAUCCUCGUGACUAUCAUCUGUUGCGUCAUGAUGUCAACAACAGUAGCUAACGAAAUGAAAACACAUAUUCCCUUCUACAAGCAGAUGUGCAAGGGUAUUCAGGCGGGUGAGACGUGUGAGAAGUUGGUGGGAUACUCUGCAGUGUACAAAGUCUGUUUUGGAAUGGCCUGUUUUUUCUUUUUGUUCUUCUUGUUCACCAUCAAAAUUAACAGCAGCAAAAGCUGCCGAGCAUACAUUCAUAAUGGAUUCUGGCUUGUUAAACUUGUAAUUCUGGCAGCAAUGUGCUCAGGAGCCUUCUUCAUUCCUGAUCAGGACACUUUCCUCAAUGCCUGGCGCUACGUAGGAGCAACAGGAGGUUUCCUUUUCAUUGCCAUUCAGCUCAUCCUGCUUGUUGAGUUUGCACACAAAUGGAAUAAAAAUUGGACUGCAGGUGCAAACCACAAGCAGAUGUGGAAUGGUUUGCUUGCCCUGGUCACUCUCAUCUUGUACUCCGUUGCUGUGGCAGCCCUGGUCCUCAUGGCUCUUUUCUACACGCGCGCUGAUGGCUGCAUGUACAACAAGGUCCUGAUCGGUGUUAAUGGUGGCCUGUGCCUCUUUGUGUCGCUGGUGGCCAUAUCACCGUGUGUCCAGAAUCGCCAGCCCCAUUCUGGAUUGCUGCAGUCAGGAGUUAUCAGUUGCUACGUCAUGUACCUCACUUUCUCAGCACUAUCCAGCAAGCCACCAGAAACUAUGCUGGAUGAAAACAAUCAGAAUAUCACAAUCUGUGUACCUGAAUUUAGUCAAGGCCUGCACAGAGAUGAAAACCUGGUUACUGGCCUGGGUACUACCAUUUUGUUUGGCUGCAUUUUAUAUUCUUGUUUGACUUCAACAACACGUGCAAGCUCAGAGGCACUGAGGGGAAUAUAUGCAACACCUGAAACUGACGUAGCUCGUUGCUGCUUUUGCUGUGUGCCUGAUGGAGAUGGUGAUGCUGAAGAGCAUGUUGAAAAAAGGGGAGGUCAGACUGUGAUUUACGAUGAGAAGAAAGGCACAGUAUACAGUUACGCCUACUUCCACUUCGUUUUCUUCUUGGCUUCGCUCUACGUGAUGAUGACAGUAACUCACUGGUUCCAUUAUGAAAGUGCUCAGAUGGAAAAAUUCUUCACCGGAACCUGGUCCAUCUUCUGGAUUAAGAUGGUCUCCUGCUGGGUUUGUGUCUGUCUGUACUUGUGGACUCUUACUGCUCCACUCUGUUGUCCAUCCAGAGAGUUCUCAGUGUGAACAUUCAGAAGGGCCUUCCGUGUUUUUCUCUUUUCUUUUUUUUUUUUUUGUUACAGAUAAAAUACAACAGUCAUUUUGUAAAGAGGAAACACCUAUUGCCCAGUUAUCAUAAUGUAUCAGUUAGUAAACUUUUAGUCAGACUAAACAAAUGAUUGAAGACUUUUUUAAAUUUUUUAAGUCAUCAUGAGCAAGCAUUGCCCAAAGGAACAAAUCUGUUCCAAAAUUUUGUAACUUAGGUGUGGAGUGUAGCAAACACAGUUGUUGCAUAAACUGGAAUAAGUGAAAUGCUUUUCAAAUAACUGACAAUCUUUCUCUGGCUUCAUAAUCAAGAAAAGAAAAGAUCAUAGUGCAGGUGUAUCUUCUUCCUUCCUGUGAAUGCUGGAUAUCUUCUAGCAAAUAUGCAUUCCUUUUUAUACUCUUUUUAUUAACUGUGUCUUUUACAGUUUGCAGUGAUGAUUUGGACUGCUGUUUUGUACAGCAGAGAAUUCUUCUAAGUAGCAUCCGGAUAUUUUUUCAGAAAACAUAACUAAAUACUUCUGUAGAAAUAGAGAAUAUGUAAGAAUUUGACUGCCAAAGCAUCCACUAAAAAUCAUUUAUCUAAAUAUUAAAUAUAUUAAGUUAUUGUAUACCUAGAUUGAGAAAGGAAUGUACCAAUGAUAAUAGAGUAUUUAUUCUAUUAUAACUUUAAAAGGCACCUGAAUAUUUUAUGCAAUUCACUUCUGGUCCAGUUGUUAACAGAAGGGCAAUUCUACACACAAAUUCUUAAACUCAGAAUUUUGUUCAGCUUUGCUUUGCCACCUCAUUUAAACUGAAAAUUGUGUGUACUGCACAGGGAUCUAAGAUAUGGUACAUUCCUUAUUCAGAAUGUUUGCUGUUGAGAAAAUGCGAGUGACAGGAGCACUGCCUAUUGCUGUUAAAUUUGAAAGUGGAAUGCUCAUGUACUUUUCUACCCUACUGUUUCAACUUUUGUCUGAACAUCUCACAGGAUCUUCAGUUUCCAUUACUUACUAUAAUAUUUUAAAUGCAUUGAUGGUCAGGAAAGGACUCUAGUGCAUCAUCUUCCUUUUCUGCCUGUGUGUUGGUUGGAAAGUAUCCUUUCUAACUGCUAUAUUUUUAUACUCCUCUGUUGAUGUUAGUUUUGCUGUUGGGAUGAGACUUAGCCAACCAAUCCAUUAAUGGAGACUAAACUUAUUUUGGAGAACUGUUCCAAGCAGUGGGCUAAGCAGGCAGAAAAAACAAAGACAAGAAGACACAUGUAACAGCAGCUGCCUUAGUACAAAUGACUGACUUGACAAUAUCGUGUCAGAACCAUGUCACUUUUACUCGCUUUAAGCAGAUGAUUUGGUGGUAGAACAACAACUCAGAUGCCAUAAGUGCUGAAUAAGGUUGAACCCACUGUAGUUACCUACAUUCCAGUGGCAUGGAUUUAUGACUUGUGCUACUACCAGAAGUUUUGUCUUCUCUCCUUACAUAUACAUGUGUACACACACACAAUGUGAAAUAUGCAUGAAAUAAACAAAACAACUGAUUUAGCAGUUGUUUUUUUUGAAAUAUGAUUGACCCUUAUAGCUUCACCCAAUGCUUUCUGCAAAACAAAGAAAAGCACAACUAGAAGCCCAUGAGGUGGCCAAAAUAUUUGCAUGCAUUUGCUCUGUUGCAAUAAUUGAUGGCUAAUGGACACCUGGUGAGUAAUACUAAUGUAACAGAUCUCAAUUCUGCUCUUGAUUUCAUUACCGCUAUUAGCUGCCCUGUUGCUAUGGUAUCCUAGGGCUCCUGUCUGCCUUGGAGCUUGCUGGGGGUGCAAUCUUCCCAACCAUAUGCACUCUUACCUCAAACAAAAUCUACAGGUGUGCAGUCCUGUAUACUUGUACCACCUACCCCAGUGCUUAAGAGCCUCAAAAUACAUCUGUCAUGAGAUCUGAGGGAAGGAGAAGUCUGUCCAGAGGUGACUUGCUGCUCUUCUCCUUGUUUGCACUUCAGGGGGAAAAAAGCAGUUGAGACUUAGCUUUGAGUUAGAAAAGCAACAGAUAGCUCUGGAGAGGGAGGCAGGUGUUUUAUUUCCUUCUGCUUCUGCUGGGAGGUUUCUGAUCUCACCAAGAGCUCUGCUAGCGUGGUGGCUCAUCGGUAUGUCUCUGCGUUUGGAGUCCAGCUGUGCAGAUUCUUCUGCAGCUGAAAAAGGCAUUUGUUAAUGCAUUUGCAAUGCAGAAGCCUUUAUCUGUCCCAUCCCUAAGGUGAGAGCCUAUGGGCUUUGCAAUGAUGACUAACAUUUAGUCUGACAGUUGGUUGUCCCACCAUAGCAGCUGUUCUGAGAAGCAGUCACGAUCCAGUGCUAGAGCUGUGAACUGCAGCUGAUGGUCCAGGCUCUUGUUCCUCCCUUGACGAAUGCCGUUCCCUAAAGUACAGAGGCUUGCAGGAGUUGCCUUCCAGUGCAAUGUGUGUUGUACUAUGAGAAACCAAGCGUGUUUUUUUAAAAAGUAGCAAUGUUUUUUAUAACAGAACACUGGGCAAGGAGCUCUACAGAAGAGAGCAUGCGCUACGUCAAGCGUAAUGCAGGGAAUGUAACUGUUCUGUGGUUCUGACAGCAGGGAUCCCAGUCGCAAAUGUGGAUGAUCUUAAUACAUAUCUUGGCCAAUGUAUGUUCUUACGUGUUUACAAAAACACUAAUUUUAUGUAGGGAGUAUCUGCCUGCAUAAGGACUUCCUGCACCUCCUUGUGCUCAUUUUUUUGUAGUUUGUAUUUAAGGAAAUAGAUUUUGCACAAAGGAAACAGGGUUGUAGGAGGAAAGUCCACAGCGAGGCAUGAGUCUGUUCUUUUUACAGAGCACACGCCUCGCUGAGUUGUUCCUUCGUCCUUUCCACCAGCUAUUGACCUUCAGAAUCUAGGUGUGAGGGUAUACAUAGGGAGGGAAUGGGGGAGCACCCAACUAGACUGCUUUGUCUGCUUCUGAGCAAAUUUUGUGCGAAAAGACCCCAAAAAUAACUUUGAGGACCUGCAUGUCCAUGCUGUGGCCCCAGGUCCAACUGUGGAUCUCCAGACUUCUCUAAGGAAGCAGUAACUGGUGGCAGCUGGGUGUGCAAAGUCUCUAGUUCCGCAGUGAGGCACAGCUUCCUGCUGGCCCAGCAAAUGUUGCAGCCUGAAUGUUUGCUGCGAAAUCCGUACUGUGAACUUCCAUGUGCAACCACUUAAUAAAAUCCUUGGCUGUGGUUGAAGGAGUCAAAUGCCCAGUUCAUAAAUUCCAAACAGUUCACACAAACGGGGUUUUAAAACCUUUUAAAGUGCCUUCAGUACCUACUGCUGUGAUAGCUGGUAAUUCAGGUGGCACUGGAACUGGAAAACCUGAACUGAGCCUGUGACUGGGUGAUGCUGCCUUGUACCUUAUGCCAGCGUGUACAAGACAGUCAGACCCAUGGUGCAUGUGGACGAUGAAAUAGUCUGUGCUUGACAGACCUCUGGGGAUGAGACUGAUUCGGAUACUGCUGUACAGUGGAAGAUGAACUGGGAAAACUCACUGAGAGCCUGAUGCUUUUGUGAGUAAUUUAGUAGUUGUUGCCUACACUUACAUUUAAAUUGUAAACAGUUAACUUUCUUGACACAUACCUAAAAGCACAUGCAGGUGGGCAGCUGUUCUGCUUGAGGCAGUUAGCUGUUCAGUGUCUGUCCUGCCUUGUGCCAUGAUUGUUCAUUGAAAUUGUUCCUGAAUGUGAAUGGUGCAGUGUUUCUGGCUUCUAGUAUUUUUGGCCUGUGUGAAGUAAGGAAGCUGUUGUUACAAAGACAGGAAGGCUAGAGAACACGUCCUGUACGAAGUUUCCUCUAAUUAAACUUGAAUUUGAGUUGUUUAAUGGAGGAACAUCUUGGAGGAACAGACCGUGUUGGCAGAAGUUAGUGCUGCUGAGAAGAUGAGACAGUUUUAUUGGCCUUUUCCUACUCUUUCAGAUUUGCUAUUGUAAGGAAGGUUAUUUGGAACCUCACUGCUGCACUGCUGUCCGAGACUAGAAUAAUUUUAGUUUUUCUCAUGAAGGGAACUGAGAGCUGCAGUCAUUACUUGUUAUUGUUUGGGGUAAAAUCAAUGGGAUGGACUCGGACAGCAAGCCUCUGAAUCCAAACAGCUGGACUAACAAAUGAGACCAUAAAACCUUAUUAAGAAUGUGUGGAAAGCAGAUGGAUAUGCUUGUUUGCUGUUUACCAGCUAGUUCCUCAAAGCACGUAGGCAGCCCUUGCAGAUGGAUGCCAAGCAAGGAACUCCACUGUGUUCACACACAUCAGAGUUAAUUACAUUUUUGUGAUACUCUUAGCUUUGUACUUCAAGCAUUUCCAUGAGGCUCAAAAAGCUUGUAGUAGGUUGGGCCACUUGUGUCUGAAACGGGUAAUUCAGUGUUGCUAGCAUAUGCAUAGUCCAGAGGGAGGGCUUAUCCCCUCACAGAAUCAUAAACACUGCAUGUCUAUUUAUUUAUUUAUUUUGUGUUUUAGCACCUUUGUGUUUAGCACCAAAUCUAGAAGCGCUUUGAAAUUGUAAACUGUGCAUGUAUAACUGCUUCAUCAGCCCCUGGUGCAGCUUUUUAUGGGCUAGAACAUUGCUAUGAGUGAAGCAACUGUUGCACUUGCAAAAAAGCUGGUUUUUAACAGUUCUCUGGUUUUGACCAAUGCAUCAGGAAAAUUUGGACACUCGAAAUAGUGCUGGUCGAACUUUGGCUAGCAGCCCACAGUAUCAUGGGCAUCUCUGAAUGUAUUGGUAACAAAAUAAUCCACUGACUGCUUUGAAAACAUGCUAUAAAGAUUUUAUGCUAUAAACCUUUAGGCUUUCCUCCUAAAUGAGUUGAUGAAGCAAAAUAUCAUGAGACUGUACCUGUGUGCCUAGAUGAGCAAGAUUACCUGCAGCUAAAAUUUUGCUCUCAUCUUUCCUUCUGGUCUUUAGAAGCAACGGCUUUUGCUUGCAGGCUGUACCUCCUCAUUUCAUUUGCCUUUUUCCUCCUUGGAUUUGUUUUUUAAAGGCAUUGCUUCACUUCCAUUCUGACCCCUAUCAAGUGGGAUGUCUUUGGUGCUAAAAACUAGCGAAGACUUCUUUGCCAGGUCUUGUUGAUCCUUUCCUUUUUAUAGCAGGACAACCUGCAGUGUUGAAGCAAAGUCAAGGAUCAUAGUUUAUUAUAUGGAUCACUUUUCCUCUGUGAAAGCUGCUUGUUUUCUGAAGUGGCCUAAAAGUUCUUUUGGGACGAAAACACAAUCAGCACUAUGACAUUUUACUUUGUGUUUUCAAUUUUGUAAACAGUAGUUUGAACUGUUUCACAUGACUGUACAAGGGAAUGCCAGGGGUGAAGUGCUUAGAAAGCUUUGGCUUUUUGUACUCUUGGCAGGAUACAUAGCUCGGGAACUGGUAUGUCUGCAUUUUCAACAUCCUGAGGCAGAAUGCCCAGGUGCCCCAGGACGGGGAUGCAGACACACUGCAGAGGGUUUGAAGUAGAAACUUCAGGAGACUGGCAUGAUGGCUGCUUUCUGAUGCCUGAAGAAACUCUGUAGGUUUCAAAUAGGCCUUAAGUCCAGUUUUGUUUUGUGUUUUUUAACUCAAGCCCCGUUUCAACUCAUUCCAACCUGUUAAAAAUAAUGUUAUUUUUUAAAAGUUGGAAUUUAUUUCAGAUAUAAGCCAUAUUGUCUUCUGCCUGUUUGCCAGUCUCCCAGAGCUCCCAGUGCCAUAGUGUACAGCCAUUUGCACAAACUUCUUCAAGCCACAGUUGUCAGUUUUGGAACCACUCCAGCAGCUUAAAGCUUCCAGGGCUUUUGCUCACCAGAGCUGCAGGGUGCAGCACUGCAACCAUGCUUCUGCCAAAGAAGCCUCAGUGCAAAGCCAAGAAGAAUUUUGGAAAGCAAUGGGGAUAUAAUAUCUAGUUACACAUACUGUAGCUUUAUUUUUCCUCUUACCGAUACAUGUCCAGGUGCUUAGGUGUUUGUGGACAUCCAAGCAGAUUUAAAGCGAAGAGAAUUGAUUUUCAGAGAAAAUAGUUCAACUUGUCAUAUACAAGCUAAGAAGAUACUUACUAGGGACAUACGGGUUCACUGUCUGCUUUUUGUUUCCACCAGUGAGUGGUGGUCAGUCUUGUAUAUGCCAUGUUUGAAAGCUGGAUGCAAAGUAGUCAAAAUGUAAACGCAUUUUCUUAAUGGUGAGGGGGUUUUUAGUAGUCUUUUUCAAGGUUCUUCAUAUCUCAAGGGAACUUUUUGGUGUGUGUGUGUGGUUUUAUUUUAUUAAGCUGUAGCCCAGUGAAGUGGAGGUUUGCUAGUUUAUUUAACAUUUUCUGUGAGUGUUGUGAUCUGUAGUAACUGUAACACUUUGACUUUUAAGGAUUAGUAAAGAUUUCAGAACUGUAACAUCUUCACUGUAAAAUAGUCAACAGCUUUGCCUUUUUAAAGCAUGUUAAUGGAUUUUAUGGACACUUCCUUUUGUAUACUGAGUGAAUGUAUUGUUACAGAUUUAAUGUUUAAUGGACCAAUAAAAUUUUUCUUACAUUUGAAA